UCCUUAUACCCAAACAGGGCAUAACGGUUUUUCUUCUUCCUUUCCUUUUCCUUUCCCCUUCCCGCCUCGCACGGCGAUUUCGUCGGUUCAAAACCCUAACUCCCAACAAAGCGCAGAUGUGUGAUUCCACAACUUGAUUCAGAACCACCGAUUCUCAUCAAUCGCUCUUCUUUCGGAUCUCUCAUCCCAAUUCUGGUUUCGUAGCCACUCAGUGUAAUGAAAAAUGGCUUCUUUGAAGUCUGGGGUUCUCACAAAACUUCUUGAAGACAUGAAUGUAGAUGAUGAAAAGGGGUUGGAAGAUGUUCGAAAACCCGUGUUGUUGCAAAUUAGAAGCAUAAUUCCUGUGUUGGAAGAAGGUGAUUUUUGGCCUAAUAAAGGGUUUUACUUGAAAGUUUCAGACUUGUCUCACGCCAUGUAUGCCUCGCUGCCUCGCGAACAAGAUGAAAUGAUUUUGAGCAACAUUUUGCAACUUGGGCAGUUCAUAUAUGUGCAGAAGUUGGAGGCUGCUUACCCGGUUCCAUUGCUUAGAGGUGUAAUGCCUGUCCCAGGUCGACGUCCUUGUGACGGAACUCCAGAAGAUAUCUUGCCUGUCACUAAUUUGGUCAAGUUUCUUGAAGCAUCUCAUACCGAGUCAAUAAAGGAUAAGGGUGUUAUUUUUGAGAAGAAGACUCUGAUUUGUGGGUUAUCGGAUUCAGAGUCUUUAUUGGAAAAGAGUACUGAUGGUGAGGAGAAAAUGAAUUGUAGAAUGUUGCGUUCUUUGAGUGCUUCAAAAGCUCGUUCAAGUGAGCAGAGAAGGGGAUUGAAUUACAUCACUAAAGGAUGUGAUGAUGAUAAGAGAAGUUCAGAUGAUUUGGGGGGAUUCCAAAGAAUUGAGCCAAGUUCUUUCCACAAUGAUACUACUGAUUCUGACAGUCCAAAGUCAUGUGUGUCAUCCACGCAGAUAUCAAAGAGACGAAGCUGGAAUUCAACAGAACUUUUGGAUGUUAAGAAAAUUUUUGACUCUUCAGUUGCCAGGCAAGGAACAAGACCAAGGGCACGUAGUCGCAGUGCUUGUGUUUCGCCCAUUCGCUCCAUGAGGUACGACAGCUCUGAUGACAAUUCUACCUCUACAACAAGAAGACGAGUUAUGGGUUCAACUACAAAAUCAUUUAAAAGUACCAACAGAAGCAAGACCAUUGCUCCAAAGAUAAACUGUGAGGAGACCUCACAUCCAGAAGCAAUGUGCUGCGCAGUCAGUGAUAGGAAAGAGGCAGAGAGUAUAAUUUCAUGGGACUCUCUCCCCUCAAGCCUAGCGAAGCUUGGAAAGGAUAUGGUAAGAAACAAAGAUGUUGCUGUGCUUGCUGCUGUUGAGGCUUUGCAAGAGGCUUGUGCUGCUGAGAAAUUGAUCAAAUGCCUAAGCACAUAUUCAGAGUUCCAAUCAUAUAAAGGGGAUGAUCCGCAACCAUUCAUUGAUAAGUUUUUCGAUCUCCAAGAUGACUUGGCUCAAACCAGACAAAUAGUUCAGUCACUAACAAAUAUUAGUCCACUUAAAACGUCAGAUACAGACAUUAACAGCAUGGGUUCAGUCAAGGAAGUCUUGAAUCUAGCAGUCGAAAGAAAGAAAAAUGCAACUUCAUGGAUCAAAUCAGCUAUGGCAUUUGAUCUUUCCCCAUGCUUAUCCUCUCUCAGAUCCACGAGUACAACAGAGAGUCCUAACACCGCGAAAAAGUCAGUCACAGCUAGUCAAGUCACCAAACCUAAGAUGGCAUGUAUAGUUAGGAAGCUGAGGAAGAACUGUGAGUUUGCAGUUGGAUUGACAUCUGAAAAGGAUAAUCCGCUGGAGUGGGCACGGGGGAGUACUUUGUGCAGAGCUGCUGACUUGGCCAAUGCUUUGCAGGAUGAAAGCCGGAGAUCAUUUAUGGGUUAUGUUGAGAAAUUUUUAGCCGAGGUUGAGAGCAAAACAUCUUCAAUAGAUUCAGAUAGCAAGAUAGCUGGGAUGAUGUAUCAGAUCAAGAGAGUGAAUGACUGGUUAGAUGCUGUCAACAAAGAGACCAGUUGUGAAACUAAUGGGAGCAAAGAGGGGUCUCCCACAUUGGAGGAUUAUGAAAUGGAAGCUUGCGGAAGGGUGAGGAGCAAAAUAUACAAGGUCCUACUGAAGCAUGUUGAGAGGACUGCCAUGGCUUUGGAAAACAUAAAUGCAGCUGGUCAAGAUUGAGCAUUGGAGAUUGUCACAGAAAAUAAAUUUUUUUUUUUAAAAUUUUUAUUCUAAAUGACAAGUAAUCCCUUCAAAGUAGGGCCAUGUUUGGGGGAACCUAGGAUAUCGGGAGCCACCAACAAGCUGUAAUAGGUAUCGGGUAAGAUAAGGCAUUGCCAAUGAUAGUAGGUAAUCAAUACUAUAAGUAGGUGAUCAGUAAUAAAUCUGAUUACAAUUCUUAGGUUUGUAUGCAAAAUGUAUAAGGUGUGAAUACAUAUUUGUUCAUCUUCAAAAAUUUUUCCUAUCCUGUACAGAUGCAGCUGAUUCAUUUGCUGUUUGGUAAUAUUCUUUCUGCUUGCAGCUUGUCUAGGAUUGUUUUAGGAAAAAAUCUACGAAAGUUAUUAUGACUUUUUCAGUGAAAUGCAUGGUGUUAUGCCCAUUUGUGGUAAAACUUAGUGAA